AGGUCUUUUGGAGACUACUCGGGCGGUAGGUUUAAUACAGUCUUUUGGAGACUACUCGGGUGGUAGGUUUAAUACAGUCUUUUGGAGACUACUCGGGUGGUAGGUUUAAUACAAUGGAAUUUGUGUGGUGUAAAUGUGGACCACAGAAGCGUGACAGCACGGGACUGUCAUAUGACUUUCCCAGACAAGUCGGACAACUUUUUCUCGCUAUAUAAGGACGCCCCGCGUACGGCCGUCCACUGUAGCACACGGACUCCGGCAUACAGGACUGACAAAGCUUGUCUUCUGCAUUCAACGGAUAUCCCGACAACUCUAAGACAAUCAUACAACCAUGGCCCGACACGUUGCAGCGCUACUUGCGAUCGCCGCAGCUAUCUGCUAUUGUAAUGCAGCUGUUAUUCCCAAACCCCUGUCCAAACGCCCUCUGCGCGUGAUUGAGAACGAGGAGAUGAGGUUCACCUACACCGCCCCGGACACCACCCUGGCCAUGCCCGGACAGACCGACCUCUUCAUCGCCAGCACCUGCAAUCACUUCAUGGGGCAGGAAGCGGAAGUGACGUUGGUGCUGCUGAACAACCCAGCCUGGAAAAUAGAAGACGGAGUGGUGUACUUCUACGUCACCGACAGCCCCGAAAAGGGUUUGAAUAGUUCCAACGAAGUUCUAUGCAGCAACAAUGUGGAGGGAGAGGCCCUGACGGCACGGUGCAUCGUCACUGACGUCAGCAGUUCUGAGCUCUACGUCUACACACGAGCCGGAGACGUCUUCGGAAUUGCGUACUCCGUAACCGUUGAGUUUCGCCAGCCCAACGACACCAAGGAGUUUGUUAAGGAAAAGCCGAAGAAAGUCAGCAACAGACAUUUCCCCAUCUACGUGAAGGACGAGUGUGUUCACCAUCUUAUCCAGUCCGUGAGCCUUCGCGCGCCGCUUGAGCUGGUUUCGCUGACGUCCGCACAGAUGACCAUCCCUUUCUGCCCCAACGCUGCGCAAGAAAAUUUACUUCAGAUGGAAACGUCCGUGCUGAGCCUAUCGGGACUGAGCGCCUACACCCAGUACGCAUGCCUGAAUACCCCCUGCGAAGUGGACAGUCCCAACGUCAUCGCCAGUAACCCGGAACAGCGCCCUCUGAACAGCCUGCGGCUCGAGUCUAUGUGUGACAAGCACACGUCCGUGACCGUGCUAGUGCACUGCUGGGGUGGGGAGCAGGAGGAGGAUAGGGUUGGAGACUAUGUAGGGAAGUUCAACUUCGCCGCUGGGUUGAACAUGAAGUCUCCGUCCAGUGCCGUUGCCAAAAAGCCUAUGUACUGAUAGUUAGGACAUAUCGUAGCCUCGCAAACAGACUCUAGAGGUUGUUUUAUCACAUUUGUUUCAUAAAGUUGGUCGAUUGUUACAUGUCACGUAACCAAGCCGUCAUAUCUUUUAACUUUUAUACAACAGUUUUUUUGUCAGGGGAUAUUUUAUUUUGACAAGAAGCUAUGUGAAUGGGAGAUGAUAAUGUGUGUAUAUGCGGUGAGAAGCGUUCAGGAAUUUUGUGUGUAACUGUUACAAAUUUUAUACAUUUUGUACAUUGUAUUAGGAUUAAGGCCCGAAUGCCACUUGCUGCAAUUGUAUCAAUGGACCGCUGGGUGGCAUUGCUGUGUGUUUGUAUGUAAUGGUGCGAUGA